AGCUGGAGGCUGCAUGUGAAGCUGGAGCAUCCCCGUCACAUACCGACCCAGCAUCAGAGAACACAAAGAAGCGAGGAGCCAGCCCAGAGCCUCAUGUUGAGUUUUUGAGCAGACAUGGGAUGCAGGUGGGGAGGGAUCGGUCAUCCAUCGCUGACUUAGCUGACUGGGGUUUCUUUUUAAUUCAACAUUACAUCCAACACUAUGGCUAAACAGUACGAUGUGCUCUUCCGACUCCUGCUCCUCGGAGACUCUGGGGUUGGGAAAACAUGUUUGUUAUGCAGAUUCACGGACAACGAAUUUCACCCGUCUCACAUCUCGACCAUCGGAGUCGACUUCAAAAUGAAGACACUAGAAAUAGAUGGUAUCAAAGUACGGAUACAGAUAUGGGACACAGCAGGCCAAGAGAGAUACCAGACCAUCACUAAGCAGUACUACAGACGAGCCCAGGGAAUCUUCCUGGUGUAUGAUAUCACGAGUGAGCGAUCCUUCCAGCACAUCAUGAAGUGGGCCAGUGAUGUGGAUGAGUACGCCCCGGAGAAGAUCCGGAAGAUCCUUGUAGGGAACAAAUCAGACGAGGUGGACAAGAGGCAAGUGGCCACAGAGCAGGGUAUCAAGCUGGCCAACGCUUAUGGAAUGGACUUCUUUGAGACAAGUGCCUUCACCAACCAUAAUAUAACAGAGACUUUCACAAGAUUGGCUGAACAGGUUCUAGCUGCCAACAAAAAGGACCUGGAUCUUCUCCGGAUGUCGGGUAAUGAGGAGAUUAAUCUAGCUGCUCUGGAGGAAGAAGAAGGACUCUAUGAACGCGCAGCAAGCGACGAGAGCAAAGGCUGCUGGUGUUAAAGGAACUGUUUGAUUUAGAAACUCUUGUUAUUAAUAUUAUAUUAGACACUUUACAGGCCCUGGGCAAAGUUUGUCUGCUUUGGUGGUUAGUUGAAACAAAAAGGAACAUCAAGCUGCGACUUUGAAACCUGCUAAACCAGAAAUGCUAACGCACAAUCUCAGAGCAGUUUCAAGGACAAAGGUGGAAACAUUUUGCCACACAGUGCCAAGUGUGUGGUGUUUCAACAAAUAGGUCCACAUGUCAAGGUAUCCUCGAAAGACAGAAUUAUUAUGUCCAAACAAAAACAAUUCCUGCUCAGAUUAGUGUGUUUUAGAUGUAACUAAAUGCAAAUCCAUGUCCACUACAAAUUCUACAAUUGAUAACGCUAAACACAAACCUCCAGGAGUGCUGGAAAUAAAGAUUCUUUUUCUACAGACUUUGUACAGUACCCUGAUAUAGAGGAUGUUGAAUGACUUUGUGAAUUACCCGCCACUGACUUGAAACUUUUCACAGUGUUCUCAUUAUUCUCCAAGCGCUGUCUCAGAUAUUGAGCUGGGUGCCUUGGAAAUCAACAAAUUGAUUGAUCAAAUGUUGCCUUCAUCCUCCCCUUUAGUGUUUCCUUUAUGUGUGGGUAUUAGCACUCCUGCACAAAUAGCCUUUCUACCUUUUAAUGCAUUAGAUGUAGUGUAAGAGUUUGACCACAAGAGGGGGCUACAUGCAUUGCGAAAACAGCACUGGAGAGGUGUUCAGUGAUAAUCUAUUUUCCUGUAUUACUUAUGUUUGUUUUUGGAUUAUUUGCAUUCGCAAUGACUACCUUUAAUGCGAUGAAAGGAUUAAAAAAUAUAUGCAGCAAUUCUUCUUUUUUUCAUGCAAAUAUUGGCGACAGAGGAGGUUUUGCAACUUGUAAUAUUAUCCAUGUAUGAUCAUUUGCAGUCACAGUAUAAGACAAGUGAUUAACUGAGGAAACAUUGUAGCAAAACGCGAUAUAUUGUUCAUUUUAUAGUUUUUAUUUAUAGGAGAAAAAAAACACUAUAGUACGAAAACUUCCUUUUGCAUUGUACAUACCGACAUUCAUUUAUCGUACAUUGGUAUCAUGAAAAUGCGCCAUUCACUUAAUGUAUUCCCAUUAUAGGGCUGUUUCAAGAAGUAUAUAAAAAGUGAUAUUCUAGGUGGUCUGAAUUAUUCCCUCUGUGAAGAUAACUCUGUCCUUUCUCACUGUUUUGUAAAGAGUCCAAUGUAGAAGCCAUUUCUUUUUCCUUUCCCCUCAGACUUAAAAAGGGACAAGUGAGAGUUUUGCAUGCAAUCUACUCUUCUCUCCUCUCUCUUAUUGCAACUUCAAUGAAGUUAAUAAUUAUCUGACCGUGAUACAAGGAGAGCAUUUUGACCAGAGUUGCCUGUUUGAGACUUAAACAGAAUGACCAUCGUCCGACUAACUUUGGCUACUUUCUUUUGCAACCUAGUAAGAAUAAAUGCUACUUUUAAAAAAAAGAAAAAAAAGGUUGUUAAUCUGUGCACUGUGUGGCAGUAUGUUGUACUGGGUGAUGCUCUGGAGUAAGCUCUAGAUACAAAUGUUUCUGUGUUGUUUUUAAGAACUAUUUUUGUUUUGUUAUUUUAGACCUCUUUAACAUGUAUUUGUGGAAAUAUAUUACAUGCAACAUGUAAAAUGCAACAUGUUAUUCUUGGAGAAAAGAUGUCAGAUGUUUAUGAGUAAAAAACUUGCAGAUAUAUGACUCAUCA